CUGGGUUUGCAUGGGCCUAUAUAACUUUCCAAGGUGCAGGUUUGUCUUCACAUCUCUUCCGCCUUCUACACUUUCUGCCUCCUCACACUUUUGUUUUUGAUGAAGUGAAAUUUAAAGGAGAUGAGCAAAGAUUUUACCCUUUAUUACAGUAACAGUGCAUCACCUUCGAAUUAAGAAACAACCUAAUGAAGACCAUAGUGUGGUUUGGGUUUGUGCUGGGUGCAGUCUCUGCUGCCGGCUCAGUGAUCUACACAACAGCACAGUCAAAGGUCACCUUGAACUGUGGGGUCAAGUCCUUCAGAAGAAGUCUGGUCUGGUACCAUGGAGGUGAAAUGGUUGUACGUAUUGAUGGAAGGAGUGGCAUCCAACGCAGAGGCAUGACUGAUGUUGCUUCGAGAGCAAGGGCAAAGCAGGACACAAAAUUGGAGAUCUCUGGUGUGAGACAAGAAGACGCUGGAACGUUCACUUGUGAAGUAGAUGGGACAAACCACGAGCACACACUAGCUGUGGUCUCAGUGUCAGCCAGCCCCACUGAUGAAGUUGAACUAGGCACCAGUGUCACGCUCCAGUGUCGGGUAAAUGGUCAGAGCCCAGGUUCUACAGUGCAGUGGAUGAGGCCAGAUGGAACCACAGCCGCUGGGACCGAGUCUGGGACAGUGGAGCUCCGAUCCGUAGCCUCUUCAGAUGCAGGAACCUGGAAGUGUGUUAUUAACCCUGAUGGGCUCACCGUCGACCUGAAGCUCAAGGUUAAAGUGAUCUACACAACACCACAGUCAAGCGUCACCUUGGACUGUGGGGUCAGGUCCUUCAGCACAAGUCUGGUCUGGUACCAUGGAGGUGAAAUGGUUCUAAGUAUUGACACAAGGAAUGGCAUCCAACGCAGAGGCGAAACUGAUAUUGCUUCAAGAGCAAGAGCAAAGCAGGACAUAAAAUUGGAGAUCUCUGGUGUGACACAAGAAGACGCUGGAACGUUCACCUGUGAGGCAGAUGGGACGAAACAUGAGCACACGCUAGCUGUGGUCUCAGUGUCAGCCAGCCCCACAGAUGAAGUUGAACUAGGCACCAGUGUCACGCUCCAGUGUCGGGUAAAGGGUCAGACCCCAGGUUCUACAGUGCAGUGGAUGAGGCCAGAUGGAACCACAGCCGCUGGGACCGAGUCUGGGACAGUGGAGCUCCGAUCCGUAGCCUCUUCAGAUGCAGGAACCUGGAGGUGUGUUAUUAAACCCGAUGAGCACACCGUCGACCUGAAGCUCAAGGUUAAAGAGCCGACUCCAGUAGCAGCAACAACUGCACGCUCUCGAAAACCCCACAACAACAUCAACAACAACAAAAACAAGGGCAGCCCUAAACCCGCCUGCACCAACUGUGACACUAAGAGUCUCCUCGAUUUGAAGCUCUACUGGUGGGUGUGGGUUACAAUUAGCUGUGGCCUGCUGAUUGUCCUCCUCCUGGUGAUCUUUGUCAUUAUUAUGUGCAAGAAGAUCAGGAAUAAGAGGAGAAGGCUGAAACUGAAGAAUAUGCUGAAGGCGCCCAAGCGGUACUGCCAGUGUAACCGCCCAGCAGCUGCAGCGCGAGCGCAGCAAGGACGCCGGAAAGAGAAGCCGUCCACCCUCCACGUGCAACCCCUGCUGAACGAGUGACACGGAGAAGAGACAGAGCGAAAGAGAAAGUCGGAGAUCGGCAUGAAAGCAGCGAGGCGAAGACUGCACUGUGAAUAUGGCGUCAAUGUAAAUAAAACAUCAGUGGUAGUGAAAGGGGCACUUAUUCAGCAAACAUAAGAGGUGAACCAGUGCAAAGACGAGCUUUCAUGUAAAAGAUGUACAGUAAAAGACAGCAGCAACAGUUUGUACUUCUUACGUUUACUUUUAUUGUGUGUAACCUGUCCUCAACGUAGCUGAUUUGUGUUCCAUGUGUUUCCACAUAUGUUAAAUAGGUUGAAAUACUUCAUUUCUGCUGAAUGUAAAUAAAAAGAAAUGUCCUUUCAAAGUCAAUAAAAUGUAUUAUAAUUCCUGUGAAAAUGAGUGUGUCUAGAAAAAUCACUUUGGGACAGAAUUAUUGUACAACAUAUAUAUUGGCACAUUUUGAAUGUUAAGACUAAAUAUGUUAAGUUGACUUGUUUUAAACCAAUACUUACACACAACUAAACGUAACUCUGGCUCCAGAGAUCUGACUUCCCCACAACUGGUGCAGUGAAAUGCAGGUGCUGAUACCAGUGCAGCGCAGCCAACACCUGCUUCGCAAAAAACGGCACACACGCGCACGCACGCACGCACGCACGCACGCACGCACACACACACACACACACACACACACACACACACACACACACACACACACGUACACAUGUUUGUAUAACUGGCUACCCAGAUGUUGUGGCCCAGGUUCCGUACGUUUGACCCUAUGCAGUGAUCCUCGGUUGGAGGCCCAGUGUUUUGGACCCAGCAGCUCCACGUGGACGCCAACCUGAGCUGAAGGUUAAACCUUUGUUCAAGUAACUAAGGAAAGUAAUUACCACCAAGUUUUAGUUAAAGUGAACACAAGUCAACGGUUAGUGGCUAGUUACCAGUCUAAGCUAGCUCAGAAACAUUAGCUCACUGUACUGUACAGGCUAACGUUAGUUGUUAGCCUGUUAGGAGCGUCGGUUUAGGUUGUGUCAACUUUCAUAGCGGUUUCACUUGACACAUGAACAACGCUGAUUUUAAUAUUGUUGCGAACGUUUCCAAAGUAGUAUUUGUCAAUCGAGUUAAUUGUAUUCUUUGCUAAAUUAAAGCAAGCAUCUGCGAGCUGUUAGCUAUCUGAUGCUAGUUAGCUAGAUUAAAACGGGUUCAGUAGUUGUUGUGUUGUUUUUCAUGUUUAGCUGCACAUUAAUGUUGGUGUUUUUCAUGAAUAUGUUAUUUAAUUCUACCUGAAGCUUAAGGGAGUAGAAAUCUCUCCCAAAGGUGAGAGUCAGUUCAGGAAAGUUCAUUUCUUGACAAUGGAACACACCAAGACUCAUUAUUACAUGUGAUAAACCUUCGCACAGCGCAACAACAUUAACGACUACUGGGCCAACGAGCAUGAGAGUGUAGUAUAUUUAUGUAUCAUAUCAUAUAUUAUUAUAUAGGUAGUGAACAAUCUGUUCGGGUCAGGUUAAGGUGCAGUGACUGAUCCUCAACCCUUGCAGUUUGGCAGGGUCGUUGUCUGGGGAGCAUCUGGGAUAGACUCCAGGAAACAGACAUUUACAUUUACUUUUAGCAGUAAAAUUGAUCAUUGCUUAUGAGAGAAGUACAGAGAGUAGAUGGGUUCGUGUGGGGUGGGGUGAAAGAGUUUGCGUAAACUGGGUUCGCAGAAUCCGUGUUCGCAGAAUCUGUUGUUGUUAACAAUGUUUUCCCAAGCUGUUCCUAAGGAAAUAUUCAAAAUGUCACGCCGACCUGGGAAAGGAACUAGGAGGUUGAUGAUGGGCCAGAUGCAGCUGGAGCUGGACAGAUAACACGGCCCAGCGCCAGGACUUUCCAAGUAGCCGAGAAAAACAUCUACACGUCCUUAUUUGGACAUGUGGAAAGAUUUUAGGUGGUGGUUAAAAGCAGGCCUUCACAGGCUGGGGUUUUCAGAGCGCUUCGCAGAGGGUCCGCUGGUAGCACACAGCGGACCUUUUCCGACCUCUCGGUUCUCUCUGCAGAGGAACAAGCAGGUGAAUUCGGUCUCUGCCUCUCUUGUUAUUACUCUUUUGUAAUCAUUAUAUGAUUGUUUUAAUUUGUCAUGUAUAAUAAAUUUGUAUGCUAUUGAUUUAAACUUCAAA